AUGGGUGUGCCCGGUGCCUCCGAAGCCCCUUCUGUCUCAGAAGGGGGCCUCUCCCCUCCCCAGCCCUCCCCGCUCUCCCCGGAUGUCUCGGAGGACGGAGCCUCGAGAGGCUCGAGCUCUGCGAUCCCCCCGAUCCGCAUAAGGAGAGCCUCCACGGCUCCUACGCAGGCUCGAGGCUUCGCGUUGCCGUUAGGCCUUGUUGCACCGGCACGGCCUGCUGGGCGCUCGGGGUUUGGGGGCCUCUCCGCGAGCAGCCCUUUUGGAGGACUGAGGGAUAGGCCUCUGGGAGCUUCCCUGGUGGGCUCCCUGGAGCAUGCGCCUCGCCAAGACUUGGCAUUCGACUCCGAGGGGGAGGCGGAGGGGGCACCCGAAGCGGGGUCCUUGGCAAGCUUUAUUUCGCGGACGAGCAGCCGUGGCUCGGGCGUGGGCAGAAAUCACCGAUUCGCAUUCUCUUUGGCGUCGGCUGCUUCCACCCGCCUUCUCGCAGAGGCCGACGAGCUCCAGGCUGCAGCUGGGCCUGCUUGGCAAGAAGGCUCUCCCGCUCCGCCGCAGGGUGCGUCUUCGUCGCGCGGAGAGGCCCCCCAAGUACGGGCAGUCCUCGGCGAGGGGCUUCCGCGGCUCCUGGAUCUGGAAAUUUGGGAGCUGUUCGAGGGAGUCGAGAAAGAGAACGAUGUGGAAUCGCUCAGGAAAAGACUGGGGGCCCUGGGCUUCUGGUUCUACAAGGUGGAGGGAGACUUAGCCUUGUGGCUGGAGCGUGCCGUCUCGCUGCAGCAGCAGCUCCAGCAGCAGCAGGAGCUGCUGCUAGAGCAGGACUACCACCACCAACAGAAGGCGCUUCUCCAAGAAGCAAUCAGCACUCAACAGCUGAAGGACCUAGCAGCGGCGAAGAAGGAAAGGGACGGUCUCCUGGAAGAGCUUUACUGCCUUAGACGCUCUCUCGGCACCGCAAACGCAGCACUUGCAGAAGCCGAACGAAGGAACAAAGACGCCCCAAAUGAAGACACCACACACCCUGUACGUCUUAGUUGGCCUUUUGGAAGAUUUCCUCCUCACUGGCGCCCUGCUGCACGCUUUCUUGUACGACUUGUGGUUCAGGAUAUGAAACUUCUCUCGUCGGAGUUGAGUUCGUUGAAGACUGAGCGCGAUGAUCUUAUCGGCCGGUUGUAUCAUCAGCAACAGAAGAAUCAGGAGCUAACAACGCAGCUCACCGAGGCCACAGCUACCUGCAAAGAGCAUGAACAGCAGCUACAACAACUGAAGCAGCAAAUGGAAACAGUCUCAACAGAGAGACAGCAGCUGCAGUCGCAGCUAAUCCAGUAUAAAAUCAAAUAUGCAGAAAGCGCCUACGAAGAACUUGGGGCACGUCAGGGGGCCCUUCAGCGCACCUUAACUGGAGUUUCCCUUCAAGGGGUCUCGCCUCAGCAGAGCACUGUCUCUCCACCUUCGCCUAGGGGACUAGAGAGCCUCUUUGGGGGCUUUUUAACUUUCAGAGGCGUAUCACACACGAACGAUCACUGCACUGGGCCUAGUAUGGCAGCUGCGUUUGCGCAGAAACAGCAACAACAACAAAAAAUGCUGCAGCAGCAAGGGCAGCAGCAGCAACCGCGACCAGAUGGCAAUUCGUACUACUCGCCGAGGGGCGCCAUUCCUGUGAAAGCCUCUUCAUCCCCCUUCGUCCCACCUCUUCAGCUACAAAUGCUGCAGCAGCAAAGCCCCUUGCAGCAACAGCGACAGCAGCAGCAGCAACAGCACCCGCCGCAGCAGACACCAAUGUCUCCCAGAGAGGAAAGAGGUUGGGGCGCUUCUAUCGGGGGUGGAACUCGCAAGCUUUUUUCUCGUAUAAUGGGGAAAACUCCAAAAGAUGCAGACGAAGCUUCCGACUUGCAUGAGGGGCCCCCAAGGACUUCGCCCAGCGUUAGGAGGGCCCCCCAGGUACCCCCACUGAGAUGCCAGUCAGGCCUUUCCGAGGCGGUUCCCUUUGUUCAUGCAUCGGCUAGGAGGGAAGCACUUUUCAGGUGCUAUUCCGCUGGCAGAAUGCACAGUAGUAGCAACAGCUGCAGCAGUAGGAGCUGUUACAGCGACAGCUCUAGUAAGAGCAAUAGCCGCAGCAACAAGAGCACCAGCAGUGGAGGACGCCCUGAGCGGAGACUCAGCUCCCUAGAAGCCCCCACAACAGAUAUACUGGGUGCUCUACCCGAUUGUACACAAGAAAGCAGCUCGGAAUGCCCUCAGGGGCCCCCGGGGGAUCCUCACGUUGUGGGGGAGGCCCUGCAGAAAACUGCAGUGGAGGCGGGCCCUGAAGGAGAACCCUUGGGUCGUUCUCUCUCUUUGCAUGAGGACGAGCCGCUUGAUUACAUCAAUCAAAGGCCACCUGGGCUUCAAACUCCUAAAGAAGAGGCCUCUACAAAAAACGAUGCCUGUAGGACUGAUGGGCCUGUGGGAGAAGCGGGUGCUGAGGAGGAGCGCCGUGAGGAGGGCGCUGAGAUGCUCUCCACACCUUCAGGUAGCCUCCCCAUGGGGGCACUGAUUAAGUCGCCUAGUGGAGCCCUGCAGCUCUCGCAAAACUUUAAAGGCUUCCGGAAGAGCAUCAGCCAAGCCAUGCACCUCCUCCGACGUGGCAGUAGCAGCAGCAGCAGCAGCAGCAAAAAUCACUCUCUGGCAGCAAGCCCAACAUCGCUCUAUGAUCAGCCUACCGACGAGCAAAAAGGCGUUAUUGGGGCCUCUGGGCCCCGCGACGCCCCAGGUGGCCUCUCCCUUUCCGAAGCAGGUCUUCCAGAAGAGGGUCUCACCAGAGAUCCUCUGUCAUGGCUUGAGGCAUAG